AUGGCAACAACAACAACAACAGCAGCAACCCACCACACACCCUCCUCCUCCCCCCGCCGCCGCGCCCGCGCAUCAGACCCCUUCCUCUCCCUCCCAAUCACACCCCCACCCACCUCCACAACAGACCAACCCACCACCGAAACCCCCAAACAAGCCCUGAUCAUAAAGCUCCUCCUAACCCCCCUCCUAACAACAACCUUCAUCCUCUCCCUCCUCUACACAAACACGCGCGACCGCACCAUCCGCGCCUCCCACGCGCCCCACGCCACAAAACCCCCUUCUCUCUUCUCCUCCAUCUUCUCCUCCUCUUCCUCCUCGCUAGCGGCCGCAGAGCCGUACCAGCGACCGGCUGAUUCGACGUGGGAUGUUGAUUCGACUGGCAGCGGGGAUGAUGGCAAAAAAGGCGGCGACGUGUGGGUGAUGCGCAAGAAGCAUCGCAAGAUGGCACGGUUGCAGAUUGGCGAUGCGUUGGAGGGGAUGCGGGUUGUGGUGCGGGUGUUGGGCGUGCUUGGGUGUGCUGCGGUUGUUGUGCUUGGGGUUUGGGGGUGGGGGGUUUGGAUGAGGUGGGGUUGA